UGUUUUUGUGACAGCAGUAACGACGCGCGAAGAAUUUUGAGUGAAUCGUUUGGUUACAUAAUGACGUCUAAAGUUAUUAAAUGAGCGCAGAUAUCGCAGAGGGUUCGUUCUCUAUGGAAGCGUCUUUGCCAGAUGAGGACGACCGCAUCACUGAGCGGACUUCGUGGAGUGUAAUUUUGCCAAAACGACCCAAGUUAUCUACUGAGACUCUGACAUAUCCACCAUCACAGACUACGGCACAGAAGAACAAAAGUCAAAAUUCCAUUCUACAGUCAUUAUCAGAUGUUACCAGAGAUUUACAGUUAGAUUCAGGCUACAGCAGUCAUAGCUCCAGUGCCAUGUGCUACUUGCAAGACUACAGUCAAACUGAAACAGGGCUGGUAGAGGGAUCCCAUACAGGGGUCAUUGAGGGGUCACAAGACAUGGGCUCUCUACCCGGGAUCAGUGAUGGGGACAGUGGCUGUCUACAGGGGGACCUUGACCUGGAUGAUCUUUUGUAUCACUUCCAGCAGUUUUUCCGGCACCAGUUUGAUGAGGAACUCCAGUUGAUGCACGAGAGAAUGUGUGGAAUACUGGCCUCACAGGAGACCCAUGUACGCCGUAUAGUUCACAUGGCGCUAUCUGGCCAGAUAGACACACAGCCAUGUGUACCAAAGACUUGUCUUGGUGUCAUAACAGGUCAUCAGACCGAUUGCUCUGUUGUGCACACACCACAACCUGUGCCCAAUGAUGCCAUCUCCAGUACGAUUACUACACCGCAUAUAACAGAGAAAGUAACAAACACAGCUCACACAAUCCUAGCAUCUGAGCAUAGAGAGACUGUCAAAUAUAAUCAAACUAUUAGUGAUACCAAUGGAAACCAGUCUGACUCACACAGGGACGAUAUUUUAACACUGAUGUCUCUUUCCUGUCAAGUGAGCACUCUCCUGGCCCAGCCCCAGUUCAGAACCUAGCUGGGUCCACAGCACUGUGUUGAAAAACAAUGGCUACUCUGUGAUACUGUAUUGGCUGCUUUGGGUAAACCAUGGUCGCUACCUUGUGAUUCUGAAUGCGUUAGAAUGCAAUGCGUUUUUAUCUGGAUCAUUUGUCACUAAGGAAUGUUCACUAAUUGAAAGACUUGUGAUGAAUAAACUAUACAUAAAUACUAGAUACAUUGCUUUUCUUAAAGUAGCUGGGAACUAUAAUAUACUUGUGGUGUGACAUAUCAAAAUAUUCAAUUUUUAAAAUGAUUUAGUUAAAAUGUGCAAUAUACUCAUCAUUUUAUAAAAUGAAGAGCAUGUAUACCCCUUUAAUUCCGUGAAAAAGAAGGUGUUUAUAAAUAUGCUGAUGAUAAUAUAAAAUCUGGUUUUAA